AUGACGUCUGUUUUUCCAAAUGUGUCACUGGGCAUUGAAAUCUGUGCAUCGACAGCAAGCGUUUUGCUUUACGUCAUUGUAUUUAUUAAGCCACAGCGAUUGCGAAAGGCUAUUGAAGCUCAUUCUAUUCAGACAGCGGUUGCAGCAUUUGGACGUCGACAACUGCACCUAACUGGUACCAUGUGCGUUUCAUGUGUGCUUACAACAGUCCUGUACGUGAUUCCAGCAUCGGCACACUUCAUUAACCACAUUAGCGACGAUAGAAUUCUGCCGAAAGAGCUUCUGGCCGCUUAUAUGACGGUCAGCUGCAACUUGAACCCCUUUGUGAUUGUGGUCACGAUCUUCGUGCUGCAGGAAGAUAUCCGGAAAGCUGUGCUUUCAUCGCUAGCGCAGCGCUUUAAACUGCCGCUAAAGAAAUGUGCGCCGUGCGUAUGUCGUGUUUUUUCAAGCAACAAGACAAGGACUACUACCACUUUUCUUGCGUAA